CCUUUUCCUGACGCACGCCUGGUAUGCAAACAUAAAUUUAGCAGCAACGUGUUCGCUGGGGGAACAAAAUAUCUGGAAGCGGCGCUGAAGUGUCAUGUCGUCUCCGGCCGUUCUUGGCUGACUUUUCCCUUCUUGUCUGUGUGUGUAGACCGGAGCCGGGGAGGUGGGGGGGGGGGGGACGCUGGAGCGCAGAGGAGAGCAGACCUCAGUGGUGACUGGAUAGACCGGGACAGACGAGCAGAGAGCGGGCAAAUACAAGUGUCGCUGUUCAAUUUCAAACUACAUUGACUUCUCCAGCGUCAGAGAUGACAGGGUGGACGUCUCGGCUGCUUUUUCUUGCUGUUUUUGUGAAGGUUGCUGUAUUGAGCAACGAUGGAGAUGCAGUCUUCAUCAGGGAAUUCACUCUGAUCCGACGAGACCACCUUCCAGAAGAGCCUCUUCAGGAUGCCAGCCAGAAACCAGAAGACCCUAGCUCUCGGACGGCUCGAUCGGAGGAGGACAGAGACACCCUGUGGGAUGCCUGGGGCUCAUGGAGUGAAUGCUCCCGUACCUGUGGAGGAGGCGCCUCAUACUCCCUCAGAAGAUGCCUCAGUUCCAAGACCUGUGAAGGCCAGAACAUCAAGUAUCGCACAUGCAGUAAUGUGGAUUGUCCCCCAGAUACUGGCGAUUUCCGUGCCCAGCAGUGUUCAGCUCAUGCAGAUGUACGAUACCAGGGUCAGUACCAUGAAUGGCUGCCUGUUUACAAUGACCUGGACAACCCCUGCGCUCUCAAAUGCAAAGCCAAGGACUCGGGCCUGUUGGUGGAGCUGGCGCCCAAGGUGCUGGAUGGGACCCGCUGUUACACAGAGUCCUUAGACAUGUGCAUCAGCGGCGUCUGCCAGAUUGUAGGUUGUGAUCAUGAGUUGGGGAGCACGGCAAAAGAGGACAACUGUGGUGUCUGCAACGGAGACGGCUCAUCCUGCAGACUGGUGCGGGGACACUUCAAAACCCAGCAUGCUUCAGGAAAAACUGAGGACACAGUCGUCGUCGUCCCCUACAAGAGUCGUCAUGUGCGUCUUGUCCUGAAAGGCCCGGAUCACUUGUACGUGGAGAGUAAAACUCUUGAAGCGGUAAAAGAUGAACUGGUUUUGGAUAAUUCAGGGCAGUACCAUCUGGAGAACACCACGCUGGACUUCCAGAAACUGUCGGAUAAGGAGGUCCUGAGAAUCACAGGGCCACUAGGAGCUGACUUCACUGUCAAAGUGCUGUUUGCCAGUGGAGCAGACAGUGUGGUCCAGUACAUCUACUACCAGCCAAUCGUCCACCGCUGGAGAGAGACAGACUUCUUCCCUUGCUCCGUCACAUGUGGUGGAGGGUAUCAGCUAACCUCAGCAGAGUGUUUUGACCUCCGGAGCGGCCGGGUGGUUGUGGAUCAGUAUUGCCAUUAUUACCCAGAGAACGUCAAGCCUAAACCCAAACUUCAGGAGUGCAACAUGGAGCCCUGCUUGGCCAGUGACGGCUACAAGCAAAUCAUGCCUUAUGACCUCUAUCACCCCCUGCCUCGAUGGGAGAGCAGCCCCUGGACAGCCUGCUCCACCUCCUGCGGCGGAGGCAUCCAGAGUCGUUCAGUGUCCUGUGUGGAGGAAGACAUGCAGGGAACUAUCACUACCACCGAGGAGUGGAAGUGUCACUACUCCCCAAAGACGGCCAUCAUGCAGCCCUGCAACACCUUCGACUGCCCAACAUGGCUGGCACAGGAGUGGUCACCUUGCACCGUGACCUGUGGUCAGGGCCUGCGCUACAGGGUGGUGCUGUGCAUCGAUCACAGAGGACUCCAUGCUGGAGGUUGUAAGCCCACCACCAAACCCCACAUCAAGGAGGAGUGCCUGGUGACUGUGCCCUGUUACAAGUCCAUAGACACGCUGCCAGUUGAGGCUAAACCUGUGUGGCAUAAACAGGCCAUAGAGCUGGAGGAGGAGAUCGCUGUGUCCGAGGAACCCACCUUCAUUCCUGGUCCCUGGCAGCCCUGCAGCAGGACAUGUGGCGCCGGGACUCAAAGACGAACCGUCAAGUGCCAAGUGCUGCUGUCCUUCUCCCAGACUGUUGCUGAUCUGCCUGACGACGAGUGUGAUGGGGUCAAACCUGUUACCAGUCAGCCCUGCUAUCGUACUCCCUGCUCUGGUGUUCCAGGCAGAGGGAAAGAAGAUGAAAAGGAGAGGCAGGACGAGGAGGAGGAGGAGGAGGAGGAGGAAGAGACACCGGGAAGAGAGGAGCUGCAUGACUGGGAGUAUGAGGGAUUUACGGAGUGCUCGCAGAGCUGUGGAGGAGGUGUUCAGGAGGCUGUCGUCAUCUGCCUAAACAAGCAGACCAGGGAAGCAGCAGAGCAGAGUCUUUGUGUGAGCUCUCGUCGGCCUCCGCAACUACUUCAGGACUGCAAAACUCAGCCCUGCCCCCCCAGGUGGGAAACAGGAGAGUGGAGUUCGUGCUCUGCUACCUGUGGGGUUGGCCUGAUGACCCGAACUGUGGCAUGCACUCACCGGCCCUCUCGAGAUAGCAAUCACACUGAAGCUGUGAGGGAUAAGGACUGUCAGAACCCCAAGCCCAGUCCUGUCCAAGCCUGCAACCGCUUUGACUGCCCACCUAUGUGGGACACACUUGACUGGGGACAGUGCUCCCAAAGCUGUGGUGGUGGAUUUCAAAAGAGGCAGGUCCUGUGCAAACAGCGGUUUGCGGAUGGAAGCAUCCUGGAGCUGCCUGACACCUUCUGCCCUUCCAAGAGCCCCACAAACCAGCAGCCCUGUGCCAAGAAAGAGUGCCAACCCCAAUGGGUCACAACGAGCUGGUCCCAGUGUUCGGUGACCUGUGGAAAUGGCGUCCAGAGGCUACAAGCAGUCUGCAGAAAACAAAAGGAAGAUGGAGCCCAUUGGACGGUAGACCCUGGGAACUGUUCCACAAUGGCCCGGCCCACCAAAAUCCGGCCAUGCUCCCUCAGGCCCUGUGAGAGCUCUGUCAAGCCUGUUCCCACCAUACUGGCACAGAAGAAGGUGUAUAUCCAGUGGAGGAAGGGGAAGAAGUUACACUUGGUAGUGGGAGGCUAUGGCUACCUGCUCCCCUGGACAACUAUGGUCCUUCGCUGCCCGACCCGCCACUUCCGCAGAGGCCACGUACAAUGGCUGAAGGAAGGAAAGCCCCUGGUGGUCAGCUUCCCACACCUCACUGUAACAUCACAAGGAUACAUGAAGAUUCAGCAGGUCCGUGCAUCCGAUGCUGGGAUAUACACAUGCGUUGCAGGUCAGGCAAAUGAACAUUUUGUUCUGCAGAUCAUUGGAAGCAAGAAGAAGCUGUCUCUUCCAGAAGCGUGGCUCCUCGCAGGCAAACGAAAGGAUGGCCGGCUAGAUGUGUCCUCACCAGGAGAUCGAUUUCAGGAGCUCCCGGUCCCCCUCAACCAAUACGACAACCUCGUCGAGCGAUUGCUUGAACUCAAAGGCAAUCUUCCAGAUGAAAAAGAUGUUGAGAAACUGCACUCCAGUGAAAAGAACAGGUCAACAAAGGUGGACGAGAGAGUAAACUCAGAACUUUCAAGCCAUAUUGUACUUAUUGCAGAUCCCCAGAGGCUAGAUGAGAUCAUGAACAACCUGUCUGAAGGCCUUGGAGGACUAUGGCGGGAGCGACUCAUCACACAGUUACUCAGUGAGCUCACUACGACAGAAGUUGAAACCAACGAGUCCACACUUCAUCCUCCAGAAACGGCAGAAUCCUCAACACAACAGCCCUUACUUCACAAACCUAACAUCAAAACCCAGGUGACCAAGCCAAGAAGCCCGGUGAUAGUCCAACGGCCAAGGAAGGUCGGAGUAGUGCCGUUGUCUGACAUGAUUGUUUAUGUGGGAGUGCCGGUUCUGCUGCAGAAACCCAUUGCUAGUUUGGAGCUGAGGUGUGAAGCACAGGGGCAUCCCGAUCCAUCUCUAACAUGGACAAGGAAUGGAAAAGACUUGCUGUACAACAACAGAGUAGGCCUCUUGCCUACUGGCUCACUGAAGAUCCAGUCUCCAACCAAGGUGGAUGAGGGUCUGUACACCUGCACUGCAAGGAACCGUCUGGGAUCUUCUUCUCUGUCGUCCUGGCUGCAGAUAACAGGAAGCAAAGGAAGAAACUGUGUCCAAGGUAAUAGUAUGGGAGCCACUGGCCGUAUUUGCUCUGAGAGGAGUAACAGCAGCCAGUCAGCUGAGCUGUGCCAUGGACAAGCCUGCCCCCUCAGGUGGCGAGUGGAUCCUUGGUCACCCUGCUCAGCCAGUUGUGGAGGCGGGUCCCAGACCAGGAGUGUCCGCUGCAUGAAGGGUCCUGAGGGCAGAUCCAGAGAGGUGGAGAGCCAGCACUGCCUCAGCACAGGAAGGAGGCCUUCCCUCACCAGAACAUGCAACGUGCAGCCCUGUGCCAGGUGGGCAACCACCCACUGGGGACUGUGUCACGGACAAUGUGUUGGUCCCAGUUUGGCCACACAGCACCGCCAUGUUUUCUGCCUGGAUGCAAACGCUACAAAAGUCUCCUACAGGAUGUGCUCUGGACUGCAGCGGCCCAGCUCUAUGAAGAAUUGCUCCACAGAGACGUGUGCCCUUUAUUGGCGCGUCGGCCAGUGGACCCAAUGCACCGCCACCUGUGGGCGCCAUGGUUUCCAGUCACGCCAGGUGACCUGCGCACACCGCCGUUCCGGAAAAGCAACACGUGAACAUCAGUGCAUGUGGAGGCCUCGCCCCCCUAGCUGGCAGCGCUGCAACAUUUUGUCCUGUGGGAGAGCAGGAGAGUGUCGGGACAGCACCAGGUACUGUGAGAAGGUUCGACAGCUGGAGCUUUGUCCGCUGCCUCAGUUUAAGAACCGCUGCUGUCACUCCUGCAGCAACACCUGAGGGCGGGGAAAUAUUCAACGAGGGCCAAUGACAACCUGAACAGGGCCGGGGGAAGAUGCUCAGAAAGGACACGGAGACUUGCAACCUCUACACCUCGUCCGACACCCACAACUGUGCCCAUUGUUCUGGCUUGGACGGGGGAUCCUUAGCGGGGAGAAACAUUUGGGUAGUUACACUUUGAGUGUGCGUUGUCUACUCUCCUUAAAGAGGCAAUCCGUGUGGUAUCCGUGGGGUUGAAUUUGAAAGUAUUGAGAGGAGUGAUGCAGCUAAAAAAAGAAUGCUUCAGCUUUACUUCUUUUUUUUUUUAAUCUGAAGUUAUACCUACAGCUUUUCCUGAAUUAUGUAAAAGUAUUGACAUACAUUUCCACUGCAGGUAUUAGAAACUUCUGGUGACUGUUGACUUCUUUCUUGUAAAGAGGAACAGGUUUGUAAAAAGAAGACUUUUAGUAUCUGUUGUAUUUUAAGGGUUUUCCUAAAGCAUUGGAACAGAGGUUCUCCAUCACCAUGUUCUACUGUAGCACCAUCACCUUAUGUCCAAAAUAGCAUACGACAUGCAGUUCAGCGUAAACAAACAUUAACAUGUAAUAGAUAUACUUCCUUGAUUGACUUCAUACCCGGGGAUUCUGGGUAGACUCCAAACAUUUUGAUAACCACUGGAGACGUGUGUGUUUGCUGUUAUUGCAGUGGUCUAAGAAACAGCGUUAAUAAAUGUUUCUUCUUUUUUUUUCUUUUUUUUUUAAGCUAAAUGAGCUUUUGCUAAUGAUAUACAGUAAGAGAUGACUGCAUUGGACAAAUGUCAUACAUUUAGAAAAAGCUUUUUUUUUUGCUAUCAUUUAUGUCAUUCCGCUCAUGUUGAUAGCACGGAUUGAAAAAGGUUUUGAAAGAAGGAAAGUAAGAAAAAAAGACGAGUAGUUGAGAGUGCAGUUUGGGGUGAAAAAGUCAGACAGAGAUGUCGUUUGUAUGGGUUGCACUAUGGAGGAGUAUGAUUUAAGAAAGUCACAUAUGGGGGGGGGGGGUUGUUUUGCACUCAACUCAUCCAAGUCUUUGUUAAAAACAUGGCUUGUAGAGUUCUGCUUCAUUUUGUAAAGUGUUAUUGUUUGUAUAUUUUGUUUUUUUUGUGCGUGUCCUUUAACCACUUUGUGACGUUACAGCACAUUUAAAAGUGCGUUGAGCAUAACAGUUUCUAAAUGAACUCAUAAAGCUCAGUUUAUUUUGUCCACCAUAUUAUAUUUGAGAAAGAAAAACCUUACAUUUUGACCGCUCUUUUGUAAUGCUUGUUCCUUGGUCAGAUUUCAGUAUAGGUGUUGUAUAACUCAGAAGAUGUAAAUAUGACCUACGCGUUAUGGAAACGAUACUUUUGUUGCUUUUAAGAGGAACGUUUUAAAUGUACAGUUCUUACAUGACUGUAAACAGGGUUUGCACUUUGAAAUUAUGUCCACAAUUCUUUAUCAUCAUGUGCAACACAACAAAGCCCUAGUAGGAAACUACUUUCAUAAAGGUGUCUUUAUUUGAUUUUACAAGUGAACAUAAUUAGCAUAUUACCUAUGUUCUCAAGUUGUAUGUAGAUAUUUGUCUUGUUCUUUAAGCUAUUUAUUUUCAUGUUUGUUCUUGUGCAUAGUUUUGUAAAUAAUUACAAGGUUGGGUUUUAAGUAUUCCUCUCCCUACAGAUCUGUCUUGGUAUUUAAUGUGCAUGCGAUGGGGACCCUCUGCUGGUGACUAGAUGUGUUGCUCUCUGCUCAUGCCUGGUUUGUCAUGAAAUAAAACCAAAUACAUUCCUUUUUAAACC